CACACUUUUUACAACACUGCAUUUGGGCAACGCCACAACUUGCAGCAGUUCCUCUCCCACAGCCGAGCGUCAGUUUACACCCCGAAGAGGCAGAGAGAGGAGUGCGGGAAAGGACUCAUCAGCAUCCUCAGUGUCCGUCUCUGCCGCCAGCAAUGGAGAGGGAGGUCAUGCUCUGCCCAAAGUGGCACAGUGCGCUCUGUUUUUUGAUUUUUAUGAUGCUCUGUUUCUUUCAUUCCGACAACGCCGAAAUAACCUGCAGGUCAUGUCAGUCGGGAAAUAAGUGGCGUGCGCAGGAAUUACUGCUGAAAUUUGAUUCCGGUGAGCCCGAAACGAGGUUAAAGGGAGAAGUUUUGAGGAGCGAAGACGGGGCAGGUGGACCCCGGGCUGCAAGUGCCGAAAGUCGGCGGCUCCGUUGCGCAGCUGGGUCCGCUGAGUGCGCUCGAGAUGUGGCGGAGUACACGGAGCCGAGGCUGGAGCGGAAUGUGGAGAACCUGCGCGCAAAAGAACAAAUCGGCGAGGACGACUUUACAGAGAUUAAAGUUUCUAAUGUCAAGAGCGGCGAUGGUUUGGCUUCUACCGCAGACUACAAGAAGCGCGCCAGGAGGGACAGCGGCGGCGAGAAAGUCGGAAUCAUCGGCUCAGCCCAGAAUCAAGACCCGGGAGAGGGUGGCAGCAGCUCGGCGGCUGCUCGCAGAGUGACUCGCUCUGAAUUGCGCUGGAGCGGAGAGGAGCGGAGAGCCGCUGGUCCGAGGCAGGAGGAGCUAAAACUUAACAGUUCAACAUUCGCCUUGACCGGGGACUCCUCUCACAACCAGGCUAUGGUGCACUGGUCCGGGCAGAACAGCAGCGUGAUUCUGAUGCUGACCAAGCUCUUUGACUUCAACCUCAACAGUGUGACUGAGAGUUCAUUAUGGAGGUCAACUGACUACGGAGCAACAUACCAGAAGCUGAAUGACAAAGUGGGAGCAAAGACAAUACUCAGUUAUCUGUACGUGAGUCCGAACAACAAGAGAAAGAUCAUGCUGCUGACUGAUCCGGAGGUAGAGAGCAGUCUUCUGAUCAGCUCCGAUGAAGGAGCCACCUAUCAGAAGUACCGCCUGAAUUUCUACAUCCUCAGCCUGCUCUUCCAUCCGGAGCAGGAGGACUGGAUUCUGGCCUAUAGCCACGACCAAAAGCUCUACAGCUCGGUGGAGUUUGGGAGGCGGUGGCAGCUGGUCCAUGAGAGAGUGGCUCCCAAUCGUUUCUACUGGUCGAAAAUGGGUUUGGACAAGGAGCCGGGCUUAAUUCACCUGGAAACCAGUGUCACUGAAGGACAGGCGCUGUAUGUCACCUGCAAGCUGCAGAACUGCACAGAUGCCAACAAGGGCAAACCAUUCCCCGGCUACAUUGACCCCAAUUCUCUGGUGGUGCAAGAUGAGUAUGUGUUUGUCCAGGUGUCAACUGGGGGGAAGCCAAUCUACUAUGUGUCUGCUAAAAGAGAAGUCUUUACACCGAUGAAGCUGCCCAAGUACACCCUGCCCAAGGACCUGCAUGUUAUCAGCACAGAUGAAAACCGCGUGGUGGCGGCCGUACAGGAGUGGAACCAGAACGAAACCUACAACCUGUACGUGUCGGACACGUCGGGCGUCUUUUACACUCUGGCUCUGGAGAACGUGGUCAGCAGCAUGGGUCUGGAGGGAAACGUCAUGGUCGACCUGUAUGAGGUAGCGGGAAUAAAAGGAAUGUUUUUGGCCAACAAAAAGACAGAUAACCAAGUGAAGACGCACAUCACCUACAACAGAGGCAGAGAUUGGAGGUUACUGCAGGCCCCGAGCAAAGACCUGCGGGGAAACAGCAUCCACUGUGUGCUGCCGUACUGUUCGUUACACCUCCACCUCCACGUGUCCGCCAAUCCCUACACGUCUGGAAACAUCGCCAGCAGGGACACGGCACCGGGGAUCAUCGUCGCAUCAGGCUCCAUCGGCUCAGAGCUGACCACCAGUAACGUCAGUGUGUUCAUCACCUCGGACGCAGGGAACACAUGGAGGCAGAUCUUUGAUGAGGAGUAUGCAGUGCUGUAUCUGGACCAAGGAGGAGCCCUAGUUGCAAUAAGACACACUCCACUUCCCAUCCGGCACCUGUGGUUGAGCUUUGAUGAAGGGCGCCAGUGGAACAAGUACAGCUUCACCAACGCUCCCCUGUAUGUGGACGGGGUGCUGGGGGAGCCUGGGGAGGAGACUCUCAUCAUGACGAUAUUCGGCCACGUCAGUCACCGCUCUGAGUGGCAGCUGGUGAAAAUAGACUUCAGGUCCAUUUUCAACAGGAGGUGCACAGAGGCGGAUUAUCAGACAUGGCACCUACACAACCAGGGCGAGCCUUGCCUCAUGGGAGUCAAGAGAAUCUACCGGAAGCUGAAGCCAACGUCCAGGUGCGUCAUGGGAAAGCUGUACUCUGUGACGAUGACUUCGGGACCCUGCGACUGCACAGAGGCCGACUUUGAGUGUGAUUAUGGAUUUGAGAGACGGACUGAUGGAAAGUGCACCCCCGCGUUCUGGUUCCACCCGUCAUCGAUGUCCAGGGGCUGCACCACGGGGAUGACUUUCCUGAACAGUACCGGCUACAGGAAAGUGAUCUCUAAUAACUGCACUGCUGGAGUUAGUCUGGAGUACACAGCCAGGAGGCAGCAGUGUCCCAUCCAAGCACCCAAAGGUCUCCACCUGGUCACCAGUGAGGGCUCGUUGAUGGCCACCCUCGGAACGAACGUCACGUUCCUGGUUUUCCUGGAGGAGGGCGACGGGGCGAGGACGAGCAUCACGCUGGACUUCGGAGACGGCCGCGCUCUGACGUACUCCAAUGUGAGCUCCAUCGAGGACGGAAUCAAGCACAUCUACAAAGCUGUGGGGAUCUACAGAGUUACUGCCACUGGGGAGAACAGCCUGGGCUCGGAGACGGCCACGCUCUACCUGCACGUGACAUGUCAGCUGGAGUAUAUCCAUCUCUCGGCUCCCUUUGUGGCGGUGAGGAAUAAGGAAGUGAACCUGACUGCUGUUCUGUGGCCCAGCCAAGUGGGAACAGUCACCUACAUCUGGUGGAUCGGAAAUAACACAGAGCAGCCUGUAAUCACCCUUGAAGGAAGUGUGGCACACACGUUCUCCCGGGAAGGCGUCAGCACCGUCACCGUGCAGGUUUCUGCUGGGAAAACUAUUCUGCAGGACAGAAAAACCAUUGCUGUCCAUGAAUAUUUCCGAUCUCAUCUGCUCGCCUUUUCAUCAAACCUGGACGACCACAACCCCGACAUCACCGAAUGGAGGCUGGACGUGAGCCGAGUCAUCAAGAACUCUCUGAUCCAGGCUACAGGCGUGAGAGAGGAGCAGCUCCUGGUCACCGUCCUCCCAGGUCUACCCACCACGGCCGAGUUUUUCCUCCUCCCUGACAAGCAGCUAACUGAGGGGAAACCAGAGAAGAGCUCUGCUCAUUUAGAUCAGCUCUCUGAGGUUUUGCUCGGCGCCUUGAAUCAAAACCUGGUCCAGUUCACGUUGAGGCCAGGGGUCCAGGUCACCGUGUACGCAGCACACCUGUCAGCAGCGCCCCUAGUGGACACCAGUGAGAACCACAGUGGCUCUGCAAUGCUAAUGCUGCUAUCAGUAGUGGUUGUUGGUUUAGCUGUGUUUGUCAUCUACAAAUUCAAGAGGAAGAUCCCAGGCCUCAACGUCUAUGCGCAGAUGCAGAACGAAAAAGAGCAAGAAAUGAUGAGUCCAGCUAAUCCAACGGAGGCCACGCCCGGCUCACAGCGGGACUUGGUGCAUUCUUUGGAGAUUCUGGACACAGAGUUGAACUCGCGGCCCAUCGCGAAGGGGUCCAGCCAACAGGAGAACUAAACAUACAUGAGCAUGACAAACAGUGGAUGUAUGAAACCUCAUGUACAUGUGAAAUUCUCCACAGAACUCCCCACUUACAUCGUCUGAACUCUGGACUGGAUUACUGCUCCAGCUGGAUGUUUCUUUUUUGUUUUUCUUUUUUACCAUUUGGGACACAAUGGUUUUGAGCUUUAUACCUGUGCAUGUUGGACCCUGCUGACACAUACUACUGUGCUCCGUUCAAACCAGAAGAGACUGUGUACAGGUUUUUUCCUCCAAUUUUCUUUCGACACGUGUCCAAUAAAUUAAACAUUUGAAAAGUUCCUUUUGUUUAUACGAGUCAGAAACGGCAGCAUGAAGCAGAGAGGAGGAGACGGGGAUUCGGUGAAGCUAAGCGCAGUAGUGUUUUAUUUAUUCAUAUGAAUAUACUUUUUGCGAGGUGAAUUACACAAUUAUUUUGUAAAUCAUGAAUGUCAAUGUUAGAAAUGUGUGUAUUUUAAUAACAAAUGUCAUACUAAAAAGAGAUGCUGUUACAAAAACGCGAAUACGGUACUGCAGAGCUUUUGAUCCAUUGUCUCUCAGAAAGCUGAUUUAUGGCACAAUAAUACACGUUUCUACUGAACUAUUUCCUUUUUUUCUGAGUUUUAUUUGUUAACAAUACAACAGGGUUCGGUUUAAACUUUGCUGUUAAUCUAAUGCUUCUGGAACUAUUUAUGAUACAUACGAAUUUGUAAAAUGUUUUGUGCUUCAGAGAAACACUUGACGGCUUAGGUGUGACAACUUCUGACUGUGAGCGAGCCCCAAAUACGACCAGACUUUUUAGGAAGAAGAGGACACAGAGGGACAGCAGGAGCUCCCCUGUCCCCCGCGCCCCUCAGCCACAGGCCUGGAGCUACAACAAUCCUACAACAAAAUGAGAUAAAGCUACUUUGCAGGAGAGCCCAAAGAGCGUGGCGGUGAGAAGGAACGAGGCAGACAGAGAGAGGUUAACAGAGAUGGGAGGGAAAACUAAAUGCAGCCUGUCAGGCUCAAGGCUGGCCGAGGUCGGUGAAACAUUUAGGCUGAUGGUCUCGAGAAGCACCCGUCGUCACCGCAGCUCAUUACAUCACACCGUAGGAGUGGGAGAACUAGAGCGCAGAUGCUACGGGCUACACGGAUGGUUAGCUUGUUCAGAGGACAGUUGAACCCCCCCUCCCGGUACUCUGUGGAAGGAAUCUGACAGAUGUAAAUGCCUGAUUGAUGCCUUUCAAAUCUUCUGAGGCAACUUUCCCCAUUUUGGUGUCUUUUUUUUUUGUUAAGAGAGAGGAGAUUUGGAAGUGUAACCCACAGGGAGUUUAUGUCAGCUUUGGAUAGUUGGUUUCUAUCCAGCUGCACAUUCGUAAAACCAACAGCGGAUCACCUGCAUACUAAAACAGGAUGUAACCUUGGGUCAUACAGAGGCACGAUGAUGAGGCAUUAAUGGUGCAACACACACCAGCUGCUUUGUGUAAUGCUGCUUCAUUUAACGUGAGUGAGCGAGAAAAACAAGACGCUAAGUGAACUGAUCCGAUAUGCGUUACAUGCCCCAAAACAGUAAUCACCACAGAACUUAACAAAGUCCAGCAUCACAUCUGCUGGAGACAGAACAAAAAUAAUAAAAAUAAAAAACCCCAGAAGAAAAAAAAAGAACAAAAAAGACAACUAUUUUUUUUUAUUAUUAAUAUUUCUAUCUUUCUUAUGUGCAUGUUGCUGACCGUGACAUGCUCCCUUCUCCAUGUUAGCAGGUGGCACAUCACAAAGCACGUUUUUGUAGUUUUUAUUAUGUUGUUGCCUCAGAUCAAAUUUUCUUACUGAACAGGUUAUCAAAGGUUUACACCACCCCUCUACAUGUGACUGAACAUGAGAGAUUGUUAGAAUUAUCAUUAGGAGUAGUAUUAGUAUUAGAAAACAAAUGUCCAUGUUAACACUGCAACUGAACAGAGUAUCUCACAAAAUUUCAGUAAAAACGAUAUAGAGAGUAAUAUAAAAACUACUGAGGUCUAACCUUCACCAAUUUACAUGAGUCUGUAUAAGUGUAUAAGACCAUACUGAAGUGGCUCUUCAGCUGAACAAUGUUUCUGGAUGCAUUGCUUGGAAACAGGACGCGGCCUACAGCCUCCUGACUCCUGUUCAUGUGCAGAGAUUCAAGGAGCCUGAAGCUCACGUUCCUCUCCAUCAGAGCCACAUUUUUCUCUCAUUUCCUCUGCAGUUAUCUGCGUUAGGGUGUUUAAAAAGCAGUGUUUCCUUGCAUUGUUCUUCUGACUCAGCUUGCAAAAUUUCAGACAGAAUUAGGAGCCUAUUGAUCACUUCCCAGACGCUAAGAGGAGAAGAAACGAACUAAUACAUGCCUCACUUUAAUAAUGGAACCAAAGUGACCACAAUUGAUUGUUCUUCCAUUUGUUGUUAAAGCUCAGCUGAGCCUUUAUCACUCUCGGUUGCCUCUGAAGCUGUGAAACGGCUCUUGAAAAGCUUCCCCUCACUCAGUGACUCCCAUAAAUGCUUCAAUCCGUACACGUAGAAAUAAUGUGUCCCGAUAUCAGGAUGUGUGAUACGCAGCCUGUGUGUGUUGCCCUCAAAGACACCAGAGUCGUACAGAUGCCGUCUGUUCGUCCGUCUGAUCUGUACGGAGAGAAGUGUUUAUAUUUCAAAGCAGCAUGCAAACCGCACUCUGAUUUCGGAGGGCAAAUCAGCUUACAUCUUCAUCUGCAUUGUGACUGCAGGACAGGGCUUGAAUUCAGCUGUGAGGUGAUUUCUGUUGCUCCAUGUAUGGUGGAUGUGGGUCAUUUUACAUAAUGGUGGUUGGGCUUUUGUAAGCAGAAUACUACUUGGACUCCCUCCACUUAGGAACAUUUCAAGUUAGAAGUUGUGCAAGAAUGUUGAGAGGGAAUGCAGAGUUCAUAUUUAAGUUUUAGAAAAUUGAUUUCCACCUCUCUCUGUCUGACUCUGGUUUUAUUACUUUGAGGAAGAUCAUCGAAGCCGCAGGUACAAUUCUAAAAUCCCAAAUUUAGCAGAUGAGAAAUAGACGUCUCAGGCCAGACGGGACCUGGAGGUCCGUCACAAUAAAAGCUCCUCCUGCCUUUUGAGUUUCACGAUUUGAACAGACAAGGAAGUGACGCGAAGGAUCUCGGCCUCCUGGUUACGACAGCAUCAAGCUGCAAUUUGAGCUAAACCUCCCUCCUUCUCCUCCUCGAAGAGUUAGCAAGAUUAUUAUUUUUGUAGAGAAAUAUUAAUAAUAAUGAUAAUAAAAAAAAAGAGUUUUAUUACUGUACAGCUUUUGUAUCAGAACAGACGGUACGGUGUUACAGUGUUUUUGUUUGACCUCAACUGUGCUGUGUGUAAUUGUUUUAUGCAUUUACAAUCAUAUUUAUUAAAUGGAAAGACGUCUGUUAACUGUGUUCUCAUUUUCUUACAAUAUUUGUAAAGAAAUACUAUGUAUUUGCAAAAGUAAUAUUCAACCUAUAAAGAGAGAAAACAA